AUGCAAACAGAACAAAACAGUGCCUUGGUCUCUAAGAUUCAUUCCACCCUGCGUUCAAACAUACUAAAUGAAGAAGAUCCACUCACAUACUAUACCAACGAAACAAUACUACAGGCUUCUAUUGGUCCUACUCCUUAUUUGAGUCCAAAAGAAAUAAAACCGCUCCUAAGUCCCUAUGUUCCCUUGGGGACUCGCAAGAGAAAAAUUCAGAAGUCUGAGGUGCUUACCAGCACUCCUGUAAAGAAAGAACCGAAAGCUAAAUUGGUUAAAGCAAACAACAAAGUACUGAAAAAUAUCAAAAACAAAGAUUUAAACACAAAAAUAAAACCUACGCUAGAGAAAAAAACUGACACGACCUAA